GCUCCAGAGCGGGGUCGUGGGCCCGGGGGAAGCGGCCUGGCCUCGAGCGCGCCCGGCGAACAGCCCGGGUCGCCCCCGCCCUACAGAGAGGGAGGCUCUGCCCCCCAGGCCCCACGGCCGAAAGACCCCGGCCUGAGGGAGGUGGGACAGCGAGACGGAGCCGGGCCUCCAGAGGGGAGAAGCCGGGACGAGGGAAGCAAUUAGUCAUCUUAGUAAUGGCCUGGGUGGGCCAGGGCUGGACCUCUGACAGCGCGUUCGCACUGUGUAUUAGCCCCUUGGGGGCCUCACAGCAUUCCUGUGGGACGGAGAUCUUAUUCCCCAUUGUGCAGGUGGAACUCCUGAGGCCUAGAGACGCAGAGCUGGCCUGCCCAAGGACUUGAAGCCAGGGAGUGGCAGAGCAGGGACUCCUGGUCCUGGUCCAGGGCUCUUAGGGGUGUGCUCAGGGAGGGGAAGAAAGGAGAUACUGGGAUGUGAGGGCAGGGACGCGUUUCUGGGUUUCCCAGUCGGUAGCACGGCAGGUGCUUCUGGCAUUCUUCAAGAAAAGAGCCUAUUGCUGGGCUCCAGAAGGUCAUCGCUAAGCUUCUGGUUUGUUUGAAUCCAUCCCUUCAGCCAUCCUGGUUUCCCUCCACCAAGACCUUCCUGCUUCUGGAGGUGCCUAGAGACCCUGGCUUAGCAUUAGAUAAGGCAGGUGUCGUCUCCCUUUUAUUAUGAAGACCCCAAGAGCUUGUCCAGUUAGAGGCACUUUGUGUCCUGAGCUAGAAAGUAGUACUUAAACCCAUUUUGAAGAAUUCCCUCAACUGCUAGCUUGAGGUUGAGCUUGCUAGGAAAAAAAAGAGAGAGAGGGAGGGAGGGAAGGAAAGAAGGAGAGAGAGAGAGAGAAAGAAAGAAAGAGGGACCAAAAUAUCACUUCCUUCCUUCUCUUCUCAUGAGAUUGAUUUUAAGGGACAGUUGAACCACUAUAGAUUAGACUUUUAUCAACUGAUAUGCUGAAGUUAGCGAGCAGGAUAGCUGUGAUAUCAAGGAGAUCCUUCUUUGAUGAUUCCCAGGAAAUGCAGUCGACAGAAUCAUGGGAAAGGAUUAACAGGUUCCUACUUCAGUCUCUGGAAGAUUUGGAUACAAGCUUAAGAAAACUGAACUCUCGCCUGUUUGUAGUCCGGGGACAGCCCGCUGACGUAUUCCCAAGAUUAUUCAAGGAAUGGGGGGUGACCCGCUUGACCUUUGAAUAUGACUCCGAACCCUUUGGGAAAGAACGGGAUGCAGCCAUCAUGAAGAUGGCCAAGGAGGCCGGUGUGGAGGUGGUGACUGAGAACUCUCAUACUCUCUAUGACCUGGACAAGAUUAUUGAGCUGAAUGGGCAGAAGCCGCCCCUUACCUACAAGCGCUUUCAGGCCAUCAUCAGCCGCAUGGAGCUGCCCAAGAAGCCCGUGGGCUCCGUGACGAGCCAGCAGAUGGAGAGCUGCAGGGCCGACAUCCAGGAGAACCACGAUGACACCUAUGGCGUGCCCUCCCUCGAGGAGCUGGGGUUCCCUACCGAAGGACUGGGCCCAGCUGUUUGGCAAGGAGGAGAGACAGAAGCUCUGGCCCGCCUGGAUAAGCAUUUGGAACGGAAGGCCUGGGUUGCCAACUAUGAGAGACCCCGAAUGAACGCCAACUCCCUGCUGGCCAGCCCCACGGGCCUCAGCCCCUACCUGCGCUUCGGCUGCCUCUCGAGCCGUCUCUUCUACUACCGCCUGUGGGACCUGUAUAAAAAGGUGAAGCGGAACAGCACGCCCCCCCUCUCCCUGUUUGGGCAACUCCUAUGGCGAGAGUUCUUCUACACGGCAGCCACCAACAACCCCAGGUUUGACCGAAUGGAAGGGAACCCCAUCUGCAUCCAGAUCCCCUGGGACCGCAACCCCGAAGCCCUGGCCAAGUGGGCCGAGGGCAAGACAGGCUUCCCUUGGAUCGACGCCAUCAUGACCCAGCUGAGGCAGGAGGGCUGGAUUCACCAUCUGGCCCGGCAUGCCGUGGCCUGUUUCCUCACCCGCGGGGACCUCUGGGUCAGCUGGGAGAGCGGGGUCCGGGUAUUUGAUGAGCUGCUCCUGGAUGCGGAUUUCAGCGUGAAUGCAGGCAGCUGGAUGUGGCUGUCCUGCAGUGCUUUCUUCCAGCAGUUCUUUCACUGCUACUGCCCUGUGGGCUUCGGCCGCCGCACAGACCCCAGCGGAGACUACAUCAGGCGAUACCUGCCCAUAUUGAAAGGAUUCCCCUCUCGAUACAUCUAUGAGCCCUGGAAUGCCCCCGAGUCCAUUCAGAAGGCAGCCAAGUGCAUCAUUGGUGUGGACUACCCCCGGCCCAUCGUCAACCAUGCUGAGACCAGCCGGCUCAACAUUGAGCGAAUGAAGCAGAUUUACCAGCAGCUCUCCCGCUACCGGGGACUCUGUCUGCUGGCGUCCGUCCCUUCCUGUGUGGAAGACCUCAGCAACCCGGUGGCAGAGCCCAGCUCGGGCCAGACUGGGAGCAUGAGCAGUGCAGGCCCAAGAACACUACCCAGUGGCCCAGCGUCCCCCAAGCGCAAGUUGGAAGCAGCCGAGGAGCCACCAGGUGAAGAACUCAGCAAACGGGCCAGGGUGGCAGAGGUGCCUGCCCCAGAGCUGCCGAGCAGGGAUGUCUGAGACCGCAGCACUGUAGCUCCGUGAGCGAAGCCUGGGAGCCCGAGCAGCCGCCGCGGCAGCGGAGUGCGACCUGCAGCAAAGCUGAUCACCAACGGAGACGGAGCGAACAUGUGUGCGUGUGUGUACGCGUGUGCGGGGGAAGGUGUGCCUGUUUGCGUGUGCAUGCAUCUGUUUACACUCUUGUGCUUCUGAACACUGCUGGGGCUGGAGGGGUACAUGUAGCAGCUUCACCUCAGCCUCCAGACACCAGGCUGGAGGUCAUGGCGGUGACUUUCAGCCAGACCUGCCCCUGGGAGCCAGCUGCCUUGUCUGGAUAGAAGAGUAGCGGGACCCUAGCUGGGAUUCUGGCAUCUGCCCCACCCCACCCCAUCCCUCUCUCAUCACAGCAGACUGAGGAGCAGGAGGGCAACAUUGCCGGCUUCUGUCCAGAGCAUAGGAUUCUAGAAGCAGCCAGGGCCCUGCAGUGUUCCUGCUUUAUGACGCAGAAGGCUGGGCAGGCUGGAGGGGACAGAUGCUGUCCAGAUACAAUCACCUGGUCUGGCUUCUUCCUUAUUUUAAAAUGUCCUGCCACUGGGUCCUCCAGAGCCCUCUCAAGCACCUGGGACUGAGCGUGAGGCUGUAAACAGAUCUGAAAACUUGCCACCGUGGUCAGGAGGCACACCCAGAUACCUGACUAGUGCUCCAUAUGCACCGUACUGAAGACGCUAGCCUGAAAAGUGCGUCCGCCUUUCUGGGGCUGAAAACCUCAGGUUAGGAAUCGAAUCCCAGCUUUUGCUGUUUCUUCCUCAGAAGCUGAGCGCCAGCCUCAGCGCUGACUGUGGAGACUCCGUGCCUCCACCAGGAAGAAGCCAGGUUCCUGGUGGCAGAAAGCCCCCUGGCCCCCCUGGCCACACCACAGCGCUGCCACGGAGGUCAGCUGACACCCAGCCGGGAAAGCCAUUCUGUCCCGUGGUCUGUAGGCUUCUGGGGCCUGCCUGGGACUGAGCAGCAGCCAAGCUGCCAUGUCAGCUCUCCCAGUAGCUGGACACCAAGGACCCCGGCCGGAGCAUGCGGGUGGGAACUGCCAGGGACAGUUGGGAAAUGUCCGAGUUGAGAUCUCACCCAGCACACCAACCCUUCCAGAGGCAGCAGGUGGGAGGUUUGACCCAGAGAAGCCAAGGCCUUGCAUUCCCGGAGUGGCCUGGCCUCCCACCUCAACCCUCCCACUGUUGAAGGCCUGUGUUGAGAAAGACAUAAUGAAAAGGACUGUGUGGUCAGCUAGAGCAAGUCUUCCUUCCACCCUGUGGCCUGCACUUGAUCCACAAAGUGUGUGUGUGUGUACGUACAAGUGCGUGUGUAACUGAGAGGCUCAUUCCUCUUUGGAUUUUUGUCCUCAUGUGUAACAUUAAGCUGGCCUCUGGGCCUUUUCCUCUCUACCUCCCCUGUGACCUUUCCUAGCCUCAUAGCUGUUAACUCCCUUGGCCCUUGCCCUGUCCCUCAUUGUCCUCCUCUGUCCUUGGACCAGAACCUUGGGGUCAGGCCUCUGUUCCCUCAGCUGUCCAGCACCUUGACAGGCUUCUUCCUGAGAUGUCCUCAGGUUUUCUCAGCCAGAAAGCUGCCUUUAGAGUCCAACUGUUGUAUGUAUGUCACCCCCACUAGAAAUGUCCUGUAAUCAUGUGGGGGAAGCAGGGCACGGGUGAUGGUGUCUAUUCAGAGCAUUGAGUUGGGGGCUUCUCUGUUCCCGUAGCCCCAACCAGGAAGAAAGAGGAUUGGGGGCUGUUGCCAGAAGAGGAGAAGAGCGAGUCUGGAAGGGCUAUUUUGAGAAACUGAGAAUGCCAGAGGGCUUGGGCCAGAGUCAAGAUUUGUUUAGCAGCACCUGCAAAUACCAGGAUGUUUCCCUUUUCCUGCCUAUUAGAUGAUGGCCCUUUUCCCUGAAGUACAAGUCGGCGGGACCACCUCCCCCUCCUUCAUCCCUGGCAAGCUGGCCCAUUCCCAGUGGAAUAGAGCGGUCCACUCCCGGAGCUGGGAGGGUCGGGGUAAGGGGAGGGUGCAUCCAGUGGCCCAGAGCUCCAUGAUGGCUUCAUGCCUCCCCUCUUCUGGCCCAGGUGUCCCUGGGGCUGCCACAGAACAUUGACCCAAAUCCUAAUCCAAGGGCCAGCAUGGGGAAGAGAUGGUCGCAGGCAAAAUGCACUUUAUACAGAGAUUUUCUUAUUACUGGGAAGGUGUGUUUCUCCCACAGUUUGUGAAUAUUCAGUUGUUUCAUAAAUGUCUGAUCCUGUCUGAGCAAAGCUGUGUUGUCGUCAAUCUUGUGGGAGGUCUGGGAAGGAGUCAGUAAGGCUGAGCCUGAAUGAAGCCUUAUGCCAGACCAUCUUGGUUCUGCUGGAGCCAGAAGCUUCUCACCCCUCCUCAGACUCGGCAGGGAGGAGAGGGAUGGAUAGAGAUGUAGGAAGCGGGAGGCCCCUAGGUGAGCAGGCAGGACAGACGAGUGGCAGCUCCAGAGCUUGGCCAGAGGUGGGGGGGUCAGUCAGUCAGAAUGGUACAGAGCACUGCAGGCCCAGGAUGAAGUUCCUGAGUGCUAUCCUGCAGUGACUCAGCCUCUCGGGCCACCUAAAGCCCCAGGGCCGACCUCAGUCAGCGGCAGGGUUCUCUCCAGGCCCUCAAGCCAUCCUUCAUCUCAACUCGGCCACUCGAGCACUGUGUGGUGUGGAGGGGAUGCAAGCGGCAAACACUGACUCUAGCUAGGUGCCUGGAGAUCUGCCCACGGCCAAGCCCAGGGCCUGGAUGCUGGAUGGAUGGAGGAGUCUCAUGGCAUCUGGCCAGAGAGUGGCCUCUCUCUGCAGUGUAUGUGGGCUUUUCUACGAUGGUUUCUAGCCUUGGAUCCCUGGAAGAGUUUUGUUAGCUCACACCACACCCCAACUUCAUGUGGGCAGGGGCUCAGACAGGGCCCAAGAAUACACAAACUGCCCUGCACAGAGUGAGAAGGGGGGAAAAGGGAGGAACUGGGCCCUGGGAUUCAUCUCAUUCUUAGCUCUGCUUUGAAGCUCCUUCCCACCAAGACCUGGACCUGUCCUUCCCUCUCGCUUCUCCUGGCUUCUCUCUAAUGUGGCUUUGGCUUGGCCUCAGGAGCUACAAUAGCCUUGUUCUUGAGCAGAAGAUUCUGGAAAAUGGAGUUGUCUUACACACACACUCCUGACCUGAGGAUGCUCCUAGUUGAGGCGAGCACACAUUCUUAAGCAACAAUUAUUAGCCACAGUGGCAAGACUGCUUUCCUGCGAGCAAAAGCCAGGCAUCUGAGCAGAAGGUGGUUACUGUUUGGUCCUAGUGAAAGGAGGCUGAGGGCACCGGGGUGGCUCAGUUGGUUAGGUGACUGCCUUCGGCUCAGGUCAUGAUCCUGGAGUCCUGGGAUCAAGUCCCACGGCGGGCUCCCUGCUCAGCAGGAGGUCUGCUGCUCCCUCUGAUUCUCCCCCCUCUCAUGCUCUCUCUCGUUCUCUCUCUCUCACAUAAAUAAAUAAAAUCUUUAAAAAAAAAAGGGGGGGGGCUGAGCCAGGAUAGCAGGAAAGGUAAAGUGGCCACUCCUCUGGGCCCACAGGCAGGGAGAAGAGCCUUUGGCACUAGGUAAUAGGAUGUUCUCUGGGUUGGAGGUGGGGAGCUGUUUCCUGCAGGGCAGGUGCCUGCAGCUCUUUUCUGGGUGCUACAUUGAAGGAAAAGGGGGUGACAUUAGUAAGCAGUCCAGAUUUGCAAAUAAGAUCCCACAAGCUGUGAAACAGUUUGUUCUGCCCCUUCUUCAGAGAGAGGUAAGGACAGGGCCUCUGCAGUUCUCGGGAGGCCAGAGAGACCAGUGAGGUUUGGUCAGAGGCUCUUGACCCACCAAAGCUGGGGCCCUAGCCCUGGCCAGCAAUUUGAGUGUCCAGCAGUCUAUGCUCUGUAGAAGAACUCACGGGCUUAGCCCUCUUAGGGGAUAGACCAGAAGGGACCCAUGGCCGAAAAUGGCAGAGGUUAGACAUGCUGGAGGGAACAAAAACCACAAGAAGAAUCCGAAGACGUCAACUAUGGCAGCAGGAAGAAAGGCUGGCUCCCAGUCUUAGAAUGUGAGAAGCCAGCCAUGGGGUGUCUGUGGGUGCAAAAGAGAGGUGCUCUGCGACAAGCAAUUGAG